GCCCGGCCGACCGGCACUCCAGCCUCCCUCAGCCGUCUCGAGCCAUCACAAGCCCUUGGAUGAGUUGGUCUGGCCGACCGAGUGGAAGGAUCUGGCGACCGAGUUGAUCUCGGGCCAGCGUCGUACUGGACGAGUGUUAGUCACUUUCAUUUUCAGCCUCACCAUCGCCUCCUACGGACUCUACAUUGUGGACGCGAAUCGAGUGAAGGCGGACCCUUUGACGGGCGGCAUGGAGUUGUGCAUCGCAUUUCGCGACAGUUUUGUACAACAGGUCGAUCUUGUCUUUAACCUCUUCUUUAUCGGCCACUUCGUUCUGCGUCUUAUCGCUUCGUCCGACAAACUUUGGUAUUGGUUUGACAUCUUCACUCUUGUCGAUCUAUUCACCAUUCCGCCGGCUUUCGUUGGCCUCUACUUUCGACGCGUUUGGAUCGGCCUGCGAUUCACUCGCAUUCUUCGCCUCCUCACGCUGGCCGAUGUACUGCAAUACCUCAACAUCCUCAAGACCGGAAACACCAUUCGUCUUUGCCAAUUGGUCACGAUGUUCGCCAGCCUCGUGCUCACCGCUGCUGGAUUCAUUCAUUUGGUGGAGAAUUCUGGCGAUCCGCCCGAAUUCAAAAACGCCAACGCAAUCACCUACUUUGAGUGCACCUACAUGAUGAUUGUCACCAUCACGACUGUUGGUUUCGGUGACCUGACGGCUCAGACGACUUCUGGUCGCGUCUUCAUGAUACUCUUUCUGCUGAGCGGACUGGCUGUGUUCGCCAAUUCGGUACCAGAAAUAGCGGAUAUUGUGGGCUCACGCAACAAGUACGGCGGAGUCUACAGAAAGACGACUGGAAAAUCGCAUCUUGUGCUCUGUGGUCACAUCACUUUCAGCACAGUGAACAACUUUCUAAGUGAUUUCCUCCACGAGGAUCGUGAAGAUGUGGACACUCAAAUUGUCAUCCUGCACAAAUCGGUGCCGGAUUUGGAGUUGGAAGGCACCCUUAAACGACACGGUACACAAGUCUUCUACUUCCAGGCAAGCAAACAUUUGCUCUUUUUGAAGUUAUGA